UGAAAGUUGGAGAAAACAAAGGCUCCCGCAGCGUUCAUGAGGACGUCCAGCCUCGAGUCGAACUAUCGCCCCAACGCCGGAGAGUCGUCGCCCUGCCGAGGAGCGUGUGCGGAACAGACACAGAUGUGUUCCGUGGUGUCUGGCGUCCACUUUACACUAGAAACCCUGAUCUCAGUGCUGUGAUGAGGUAAAUGAACAUGGCCUCAAUGUGGAUCCUCCUUGUUAUCCUCAUCAGCAUAGGACAUGCAAAGACAGAAUCUAUGAGUCUGGACUGCAGGGCUGAACAGCUGGGACAGUACGGCCAGCAGUCGCUGCUGGAGUGUGUCAUCAAAACAACCCAAAACGACCUGCGGGUACGGGUGGUCAGCUGGAAGAAAGCCAACCUGGCCUUGCUGGUCUUUUACAAAGGGAAGAUCACAAAGGAGGAUGGCUUUUCGUUUGCCCAGCCGUCCUGGAAUGACAGAAACAUGAACGUGUCGCUGCUCAUCACCAACACCACAGUGAAGCACGAGGGACGUUACACAUGUCUUGUGAUGACGAACGUCGGUGAAAAAGUAGAAGCCAUCAGCUUCAAAGUCACAGCUAAAUACAGCAAUCCAACCAUCGUGUCCAGCCCUAAGGCAAUCACUCCGAAAACAGACGGAACCCUGACCUGUGAGUCCAAUGGCGGCUACCCAAAACACCAACUUCGCUGGUUCGACGAGGACAACAAGGAGCUGACAAGUGAUGCUCCAACGGAGGCGAAGCAGACAGACGGGGGUCUGUUUCAGCUCUCGAGCAGGCUGGUUGUAGGAAAAGAGUCCUCUGUCUCCAAAUACAUCUGCGGGGUGUUCAAUGCCAGCGGAGGCCGAGAGGAAGAGACCCCAUUCCUUGUCAAAUACGCGCCAAAAACCGAAGAACUGGAACAGCGGAAGGAGUUGGAUAUGUCCACCAAGAUCGUGGCCCCCGUGGUGGUCAUCGGAUCGCUGAUCGCAGGCUUGCUGUUUGCGCUGCUGGUUUACAGAAAGCGAUCUCAAAAGAUCCGAAGGCCCUCCACAGCACCCCUUAUGGGUGGUCAUCUCGGGGUCCCCACUGUAGAUGUCGAAGAAGGAGAUGAUAAAUACCCAGACAACGUGGCGUGAGGUGUCCCAUCAUAUACAAGCUAUAUUACUGGCAACCUUUGAAAUCAACACUUCCUUUUUUGCUGAUGUGCACUCUAUCAUUGCACUUUGCCCAUUGCAAACUGCUGUGUACACAACCAGGAGUUUAUUGUAUUGCUGGGAUUCAUCAGAGGAUGUGUCAGUCCUUCACUCACCUCAAAGUACGAAGAAAACACUUCAAUCACAUCUCAAUCUAAAGAAGGACUUUGUCUGAUUUUACCAUCACCGAAACCCAACUUGAUGAGGAAUUCAGGAUGGCCGCGAAUGUUGCUUGGGAUGUUGGAGGAACUGUUGAGUUUAAUUGUACCCACGCAUUAACUGUUGUCUUUGGCAGCUUGGCAGGAGUGGCCCUUCUUACUUCCUCUCAUCACGUCAUGUCGAUGUUACUCGGAAAAAGUUUAUUCGUAUCAUGAUGGGGCAGAGGUUUGUGUUUGUUUGUUUGUGUGUGUGUGUGUGUGUGUGUGUGUGCGUGUUGUACGGGAGCAGGGGAAAUGGAAACGAUGUUGCUAGUUUAGUAGUCUGAUUUUACAGAAUUUUUUUUUUUGCAUUAGUUUUGUGAUUGUGCUAAAAGACGAGAGUUCAUCUAUAUUUGUCUUUCUGUCAGCAAAUGAAAAUACCAAUUGCUAGUCACAAGCUGUUACACUGUUAAGACGUAAAGGUGUGAAUCAGAACCACAUAGGAUCUUCAGCUUGUCCUCAUAACAUAAACAUUUUGGGUUUCUAGUAGGACCUUUUUAUAAAGAGUCCAUUUGAACCCUUUCAGAGGGUUCUACCUAUAACCCUCUCAGGAACUUCUGUCCAGCCACACUCAAAAAAAACGAUUCAAGCCCUUCUUAGAGGUGACACAUUUAAAUAUUGUUUGAUACAUUUAAAUAAAUCAAUUCCAAAAAUAGAUAUUUAUAUUUAAUGGGUGUAACACAAAAUGUAUGAAUACUUUCAUUUAUUAGAUUUAUUUAGGUUAGAUGGUAUGCAUAUCAAUUCAAAAUAAAUGUGUUUCAUUGAGAACUACCCUUUGCGCAUGCGCCUUCUGAAAAUCAGUUGUUUGCAUGAGGUGAAGUGACUUUCGGGGCUGUACGGUGGUGUACUGGCUAGCGCUGUCGCCUCAAAGCCAGAGGGCUGUGGGUUCAAUUCCCAGUCGGGGUGUUCCUUCUGUGUGGGUUUUGCAUAUUUUUUUAGUUAGUUAGUUUAUAUUUUGAGUUGGACAAACACAAAUUAAUUUAAUUUAAUGAAUAUCGUUAUUUUAUUUUAGAUGUAUUUGAUACAAAUGAGUUGGACUAACUUAAUUACAUUUUAUUGCACUGAUGUGCUAAAUUUGAGUUGGAGUUGCAUAUAAUUAUUGGAUGGAAAACCUGCCAACAAUUUAAUUGAGUUCAUCCAAUGAGUCAUUUCAUUGAGUGCAGGGGGUUCUACCAAUAACUCUAGAGCGUAUUCACGUGACGUCAGAAUCUCAAUCGCUCCAUCUUGGGGUCCCACUUAUUAAAUGUCAGAAGAAGUUGACCUGGCUAUCGUGUCCGCUGUUUGAUUAUGCGAGAGCCCAGCAACCUCAUGUCCUUCUGCAUUACCAAAGAAAGAUUUCAGCGGUUGGAAUUGAAUAUUCGCAACGCUUUUUUACCUGAUUUUACUCGCUCAACACUUUGUGGUUAAUUCGCUAGUUACCCCUAGUUACCAGCACAUAGCCCGGUCACAUUCCUGUAAAACAGUUUUCAUUUCCGCUAUCGACCAUGGGACAUUAACAACUAUUUCUGCGUUAUACUUGUUGUGGAAAUACCACAAAUGUCGGAACAUCAAGCGCCCCGUGUCUGGUUUCAUAUAUGAUCCGUAGUCGCACAGCUCCGCCUCCAGGACGAGUGUCUGAUGAAGCCGCUUCCAGCUCAUUCAGGACCAGCAGUGACUGUUUGGCUGGCCGUGCUGAGUGCUGUUCCCAUGGAGCCAUCUGGCCAAUGUUGAGUGCAGUGUUACCCCCUCACUGCCUGAGAAAAGUCAACCCCAGCACAUCUCAUAGUGCAUUGCACAUCCUUAUUCUAACCAACGAGGAAGUACAUGAGAGAGCUGCUGGUCGCACUUCCGCACGUCUCAAGAUCUUCACGUUCUUGCUGUUGGAAAUGAGUGUGUGGUGGAAGAAAGCCCAAAACACAGUUUGUGUUCCUCUAAGUCAAUGAUUUUCAGCCACUGUGCCGCGGCACACCAGUGUGCCGUCAGAGAUCAUCAGGUGUGCCGUGGGAAAAUGUCCAAUUUCACUUAAUCGGUCCAAAAAAAAUCGGACAUUGUUGAGUGUCUGAGUCUGUAAUAUUUUGGCUGGCCUAGUAAUGAAAUACUCUUCCGAGCCAGUAGGUAUCGUAGUAAUUACUUUAAGAUAUUAAAUGAUGCGCUGGUGGAGAACGAAGAUGGAGAAAUAUUUAAAAAGAAAUAUGCAGACUGAACUGACAUUUUGUAAUUGUUUUGGUUUUGGGGUGUGCCGGGAGCUUUCAAGUUAAAAGAUCAUUCUGGAAAAAAACAGAAGAUCAGUUUAAAAAUAUAUAUAUAUAUAGAGAGUUUCUUUUAUAAAAGUGUGAGGUUGUUUUGCUGUGUGUCUGUAAUAACUCCAACUGUUGUGUUAAUGUGAUUAACAUACACUGUCAAAACUGAUCUUUGAUAUAUUUCCAUUGAAACGGAGAACCGUGUGAAGACAUUGACGUCUCCAGAUGUAUUGGCUGGUAUCCAAGUUUAUCUUCUGAUAUAUUUUUAACUGUGUAGGGGUCUUCAUCCUUUUUCUCUUUAUCUCAUCUUUUGCACAUAUUCCCGAAAAAAAAGGAAGAAAUUCUUGCAGACAUUAAAACAUUUUUUAUUCCAGCCUUAUUGUUCUCUCUCUGUAAAUGAAUAUUGUAAUAUAGUUUUUUUAAACGAAUAAUAAAAUGGUUGACUGCGA